GUCUGACUAUGGGAUUGGUCACCUGCGUAUCAUCAACUACACUCCGGCAGAGUAGCGAAGUAUUCUAGGUUUUUUUUUUUCCCGGCUAUCACACCCGCAAAAACCCAAAACCUCAGGCCUCAGCCCCUGCUCUCUCUCUCUCUCUCUCUCUCUCUCUCUCUCUCUCUCAUGGCUCUCAGAUUCCGCCGCCUCAGAGAAAUCUCACGGCUUUUACCUCGAUUUUUCUUCAUCUCAGGUAUUCCUAAUCAACAGUUUAGAGGAAUGUUUCAUUCUUCAUUUGCAAACCCUUUAUCUUCCAUAUGGGUAAAAGCAAAUGCAAGCAUCAUAGAAAGGGGGUGUCAUGUUCACAGUUAUUUUUUAGGUGCUCGACAGUCACAGAAGCUACACAUGAGUCUUUUCCUGAAGUAGAUUUUUUGACAUUCAUCGAGUCCACUCUUGAUGAGGUUGAAGGUCCUCAUCACCGUUGGCUGAAUAGAACUGUGGAAAGUCAGGGUUCCUUCAGCAGGGAUGGGAUUUUCCUGGUUGUUGUGGGUGGGUUCCUUGAGGAUCCUAUAAUGUUUGGCUGUGAUCGUAUAAUAAUGUUUGAAAGAGUAAAAUUGCUUCAGCAGAGGUAUCCAAGUCUUCAUGUUUUUGGUUUUCAGUCUAGUAGUUCAGUGUCUUGUGUUGCCGCUCAAACUCGUGUAAUCCAGACGGUCAUGAAGGAGUAUAUUACGUUUCCUAUCUUGUUUUCUAAUAAGGAUUUUAUUGAGAUGAAAAAUGGGGCAUGCUGCUUGUUAUUUAAAGGUUUUAGGAGUCCUUUGCUUUAUCACAAAAAGGAUUUGGACCUUGGAAUGAUUAUCAAAGUGAUAGAAGAAUUCAAUGUGUUACAGAAUGCAAAUGUUGUUAUGGUACACAACUUGAAAAGCACUGGAGUGGGGAAAAGCACUGGAGUGGAGCCAGAUGUCAUUAAAGAUCUGCAUAUUUACUCUUUCAGAAAUUUACUUCUAUAUUUUCCUGGUUGCAUUUCUGCUGAUGAAGAUGGAGGUCGCUUAUUCCUUUCUGACACCAAUCAUCACCGGAUCAUCAUAACCGAUUGCAAGGGGAAAAUGUUAGACUGUAUUGGUUCCUCCCCAGGUUCUGAGGAUGGGGAAUUUGAGUCUGCCAAAUUAUUGCGGCCUGCAGCUUCUUUUUAUCAUGCUGAUGAGGAUUGCUUAUAUUUUGUGGACUCAGAGAAUCAUGCAAUCAAGAGAGCUAAUAUGGAAACAAGAGUGCUGGAAACAGUGUACCCAUUACGUAGUUCAGAUAAAAGAGUUGGUAGUUUAUGGACUUGGAUCCUAGAUAAGCUGGGAAUGGGAAGAGAAGCUGAUCCAUUGCCAAUGGAAUUUGACGGGGACUCGGUUGCUUUUCCUUGGCAUUUGAUGAAAUCAGAGGGAAAUGAUCUAUUUAUUAUUAAUCGCAGUUUUGAAACUUUAUGGAUUAUGGAUGCAGCUACAGGGGAGAUCAAAGAAGUACUUAAAGGAUUUCCAAAGAUUAUGGAGAUCUGUGGGCAGAUGAUCAUGAGGAAAGUAUCCUUGUUGAAGGAGAUUUUAGGUGAUUGGUUGCAGCAGAAUGUAGAUCCUAGCUAUUCAUUAGGACUUUCAUAUGCUGGGUUGAUGUCGUCCUUUGCGACUAUUCAGAGUGAUAUAGUAUUUUGCGAUACAGCUGGUCAGAGAGUUUUGAAGUUUCAUAAAGGAUCUAGAGAUGUCUCAAGUCUACAGUUUUCAAACUUUGGGAUUCUUGGGCUACCAUAUUGGUUAGCUUACCCUCUGGAGAGGGUUUCUGUUCGUGAAGAUUUAUAUGGGAGACCAAGAAAUGAUCAUCUUCAGUAUUUUGAUGUGCUACCAGGAAGGUGCGACAUACGAGUGAAUAUUGACAUUCCAGAGGGUACUGAGCUUGCAGCACCAUUACAAGAAGGUUGUAUCUGGUGCCAAGCAAGAGGAUCUGCUGUUGAAGUCUCAGGAUCAGAAAGUGGGGCUGCAUCUUCUGACAAGGUGGGCGUUGCUCAACAGUGGUAUGAUGAGUUAGAUAACCUUGCCUUCUCAAAACCUGAGGUGGUAUCGAAUUUCCAGGAUGAGGAGGAAACUGCAGAUAGAAGCUCUGAAGAAGAUAACAUGGUGCAUAUCAAUUGUGCUGUUAAUAUCAGUCCUGGAACCAGUGAGGUUGUUGUUAAUGCGGUGCUCUACUUGAAGCUCAAUGAUAUGCAUGGUUCUCACCGCGAUCAGGAGGACAUGAGAACUGCAGAGAUGGUACUCGACAUCUCCAACCAUGACAGAAGCCUGAAAUGGGGUGGUGAUGCAUGUGCCCAGUUGCUGUUAGAAUCGCACCAUGAUCUGAGAGACUUGGUCUUCGCGAAACCUUUGCAUCUGAGGAUCAGGUUUGAGUGUGGGGACCACCCAACGUCCGAUAAUUCCACCAAAGAAAUCGUCUUCACAGACUCUUCCAUCGUGGUCAAUGUAACUCUUACUUAGCCUGUAAUUUUAUGGUGUUUGUUGUAGCAAAUUAUAGUUUUGGUUCCUAUUUAUCAAAUAAUUAGCACCAUUCAUUUCA